AUGAAGUCCCCCAAAUUAGCGCGCAAAGCCAAACUGGUGUUGGACGUGGACGACUUGGACGACGUGCUGUGCGAGUUCGACGCCGUGAUCGAGGAUUUCACGUCCCCGCUGGAGAAGCGUCAUUUUCGCUACGACGAGCACCUGCGCAUUGCCAAGAGACGGAGCAGCGCCAGCGUCAGCGACAGCGGCAUCAGCGACACUGAGAGCGCAGACUCGCUCAACAGAAACAGCUUCAGCCUGAGCGACGAGAGGCUCCACUCGCCCGGUGCGAUGUCCUCUGCCGGUGCCGCCUCCCCGUCGCCGAUGUCACCUAAACCCAAAAUGGGCGACACAAAAGAACUGGAGGACUUCAUUGCAGACCUGGACAAGACAUUAGAAAGCCACGAGCCGCCGCCGCAGCCCCCCAGCCGGCACGCCACGCCACUUGGCCCCCAGCGGCACACCAAGCCCAGGGCAGGGUAG